CCUUCCUCGUUCCUUUCCAGUCUUUCUUGGUGCCGUGUAUGGCGACGUGGCCCCAAGCAGUGUCCGUCCGAGCACCACAGCUCGCUGCCGGCGGAAGCGAGAAUCAGUUCUUCGAAAAAGUGGAGGACAGCCCCAGCAGCGACGAGGGCAGCGACAGCGACGAAGUGGUUGUUAGCUUUCGCAAGCACAAGCUGUUCUGCUGCUGCACGAUCUUUUCGUCCUCCUUGUGUGGCAUUCUGGUACUCCUUGUUGCCCUCCUCGCCUGGCAAGCUAAAGGGCUGGUGGCAAUCGGUACAUUCAAUGCGAUCGACCCGCACCUCACUCCGAAGCAGUUUCCUCGCUACAGCAGCUGCGGUGGAUGCAGGGAAGGGAACAAGACAAACGAGGAGAUUGAGCAGUGCAUCAAGCCCUGCUACAACUUGAGUUUCGUCUUGGAGUGGGAACGCUUCAAUGCAGAGCAUGGCUACCAGCUGGUGUACUUCCCCUCGCGGCCGGGUCCGCAAGGGGAGGCUUCUGUGAAUAUUUCUGCGUGGUGGCUGCCAGCACCUCCGACGGCCGGAAGCCCUGCACCACGCAUUGUGGUUCUGCACGGCGUGGGCUCCAACAACAAUCACUGUGGAGUGCAAGCCACGUGCUUCCUGCUGCGAUCCAUCGGUUUCAGCUGCAUCACCCCGAGCGCAAGAGACAACGGCCUCUCGGGCUCAUCAACGCAUCCGGAGAUCACGAGCUGGGCCUACGACUAUCACCUUGACGCUCUAGGCGCCUGGGACUAUGCAGUGGGGGAUCCGGACGGGCUCCUUGGCGGCCCUUUGCCACCAAGCAAAGUUGGCCUCAUGGGAUUCUCCAAAGGUGCCUUGGAGACGGCCAUUGCGUUUGGCUUAGAGGAACGAGCUCCCGGUGCUUGGCUGGACUCGGGGCCUUAUGGUGGUCUCUUUGGGAUGAUUCAAUCGGUGCUUUCGCAGGCACUUGGCAGGAGACUUGGCGACUUCCUCGCAAGAAUUGUCUUUUUCUGGGCCCAAGUCUUCACGGGCAACCGCGUGGACGUCUUGAAGCCGUUGGUGUUGCUGCACAACUGCACUCCUGGGAACGUGCGGAACGUGCUGAUUGCCCAGAGCACGUUGGACGAGGUCGUCCCAAUCAAGUAUGCAGGAAUCGCUAUUUCGACUCUGUCUGGGCUUCCCAGCUGCUAUUCGGUGCGCACCUUCACGCCCCCACAGUACUGCAAUGGUGCAACGCAUCAUCAAGAGAUGUGGGAGUUCCCAGAUGACACCCGGCGCAAGCUCUGCGAUUUCUGGAGCAGCACCUUCAAGCAAGAUAAGGCCCUUUGCAACCUGGAGAAUCAGCCAGACUUCCAGACUUGGUCUCCAGAAAGGCCCUUGCCUCCAGACAGCCCUCCCGCUCCGAUCCUGAACUGA